ACCGACGUCACGCAAAAUACAUAUCUCUUGACAACUCCUGCUCCCUACCGACGCCACCACAACCACCACCACAGCCAAAACAACCAAAACAAAAUGACAGUGUCCACUGAAGUUCACCUCCUCGACACCCCCCUCCCCUCUCCCUCCCUCUUGAACCUCUUAUCCAACCACCUCCCCCACUCCCUCCCCGUCCUCCGCCGUCUUCAAUACGCCGCCAAUUUUUCUUCGGACUCGGACAACAACGCACCAGGCACGACUCCCUACAGCCAUGUUCUCUAUGCAUCCAAGUAUUCGGUUGAGGAGUGUCUGGGUCUUUCCAAGACAGCCGCAACUCCGUCAUCGGCAUUUACAUCCACAUGUACUCAACCCCAAGAGAAGCAGCAGCAGCAGCAGCAGCAGCAGCAGAACAAGAAUGGGAACGGGAAUGGGAAUGAGAAUGGGAAUGGGAAUGCGGAUGCGAAUGGGUCAAAGCCCAGAAAGGGAAAAAAAGAGGGACGCAAACACUUUGCCGCGGCGUUUGUGGACCUGAGUCGGUUUCCCGAGACGCAGGCGUGGGUUUAUUCUACACUUGAAGAUCACUGUUUUUUUGAUCCUGGUGUGGGAACUGGUACGACCAUGGAUGGAUCGACAACAUCGACAACAUCGAUGACGACAACAUCGGAGGAAGUGUUCGGUUCCCAAUCACAGUCUCAUUCCUUACUACCGGAAGAGGAAGCUCAAGAGUGCGACGAGCUCAUGUUGGUCCUCUUGAGAAGGAUGCGCACCAUUGCUUUGCAGAUGCCUUUGGUUUUAGAGGGUAGUGCAAGUGAGCAAAGACAAAAGAACUGGACUGAGGCGAGGGAGUAUCUCCUCAUGAAUGCCGCGGGAAACAAGAACGAAGGGCCGGGACCAAAGGUGAUGAUUGGGAGUUUGGCGGAGAUCCAUCGCCAUCGAUUGUUUUUAUUGGAUCCUAAGGGAGGAAGGGUCCACAUGCACAAGACGGCGAAUAUCCCGGAGGAGAUUGAGUGGGAGGUGUGUCAGAAGUGGUUGUUUCGGACGGAAGCGUUGGUGUCGUCGUCGUCGUCGUCGUCGUCGGAGAAGGAGGAGGAGGGGCAGUUGGGAACGACGCUGGAAAAAGAAAAGGGGCUGGUGUGGGAUCGGGUGAGGACAAAGGAGGAUGUAAGGUUGGUGCAGAGCCGGACGAGUAUCAAAAGGCAGGAGGAUACGCUUUUGGGACUUCCUAGUGUGGCGGUACGGGAUGGAGAAGGGGGGAGGAUGGUGGCGUGGGGGUUCAUGGCGUUUGAUGGGACGUUGAUGACGUUGCAUGUUGAGGAGCAAUACCGCGGAAAGGGACUGGCAAAGGCGGUGGCUUGUAAAGUCAUGAGGGAUCAUGUCAAGGAUUAUGGCGAUGAUGGGUGGGGAGCUGCGGAUGUUUUUCUGGAGAAUUAUAGGAGUCAGGGGGUUUGUAAGAGUAUUGGAGGGCGGGUUGGGUGGUUGUUGUCUUGGGCCGUGGUGGACCUGGCUACAGUUGGCGAUGCCUUGUAG